AUGGCUUCUGUCGAAUCCGUCCUCCAAGGCGUGUCCGUCUCGGGCAAAGUCGACGACAUCCACCGCAAGAUCCUCACCCCCGAGGCCCUCGCCUUUCUCGCCCUCCUGCACCGCUCCUUCAACGAGCGCCGUAAGGUCCUCCUUGAGCGUCGCAAGGCUCGCCAGGCUGAGCUUGACCGCGGUGUUCUUCCUGACUUCCUCCCUGAGACCAAGCACAUCCGAGAGAACCCCACAUGGAAAGGUGCCGCUCCGGCUCCGGGUCUGGUGGACCGCCGUGUUGAGAUCACCGGCCCCACUGACCGGAAGAUGGUUGUGAACGCGCUCAACUCUGAUGUCUAUACUUACAUGGCUGAUUUCGAGGACUCCAGCGCCCCUACUUGGGAUAACAUGAUCAACGGUCAAGUCAACCUCUACGACGCCAACCGUCGUCAAGUUGACUUCAAGCAAGGCCCCAAAGAGUACAAGCUUCGCACUGACCGCAAGCUUCCUACCCUUAUUGUCCGUCCCCGUGGCUGGCACCUGGAGGAGAAGCACGUCACUAUUGACGGCGAGGCCAUCUCCGGCUCCCUCUUCGAUUUCGGUCUUUACUUCUUCCACAACGCUUUUGAGACGCAGCGUCAGGGCUUCGGUCCUUACUUCUACCUCCCCAAGAUGGAGAGCCACCUUGAGGCUCGCCUCUGGAACGAUGCCUUCAACCUUGCCCAGGACUACAUCGGAAUGCCCAGGGGCACCAUCCGAGGCACGGUCCUGAUUGAGACCAUCCUUGCUGCCUUUGAGAUGGACGAGAUCAUCUACGAGCUCCGUGACCACAGCUCUGGUCUCAACUGUGGUCGAUGGGACUACAUCUUCAGCGUCAUCAAGAAGUUCCGCAACAACCCCAACUUUGUCCUCCCCGACCGUUCCGCCGUCACAAUGACCGUCCCCUUCAUGGAGUCAUACGUGAAGCUCCUCAUCCAGACCUGCCAUAAGCGCGGUGUCCAUGCCAUGGGCGGUAUGGCAGCUCAGAUCCCCAUCAAGAACGACCCCGAAGCCAACGACAAGGCCAUGGAUGGUGUCCGCGCCGACAAGCUCCGUGAAGCCCGUGCUGGACACGACGGAACCUGGGUUGCCCAUCCAGCUCUCGCCAGCAUCGCCCUCGAGGUCUUCAACAAGCACAUGCCCACGCCCAACCAGCUUUUCGUGCGAAGAGAAGACGUCACCAUUGGCCAGAACGACCUGCUCAACAUGAACGUCCCCGGUACCAUCACCGAGGAGGGCAUCAAGAAGAACCUGAACAUCGGCCUCGGCUAUAUGGAGGCCUGGAUCCGAGGAGUCGGCUGCGUUCCCAUCAACUACCUCAUGGAGGAUGCUGCUACAGCUGAGGUUUCCCGAAGUCAGCUCUGGCAAUGGGUGAAGCACGGUGUCAGCACAGCCGAGGGCAAGCGAGUUGACAAGGCUUACUCCCUGAAGCUUCUCAAGGAGACAGCCGACCAACUGUCUGCCUCUGGCCCCAAGGGCAAUAAGUUCCACCUCGCUGCCCAAUACUUCUCCAGCCAAGUCACCGGCGAGGACUACGCCGACUUCCUCACAACACUGCUGUACAACGAAAUUACCCAAGCUGGUCAGCCCAGCCCUGCCUCAAAGCUAUGA